AUGUUUAGACGAUACUUACAUUCUUUCAAUCCAUUUUUCGAACCGUUUCCACGUCACAGUCCACAUUUUCCAUCACAAAGUAAUUCGCCAACUGCACUUUCCCAAUGGUCACCUCAAAGACCCACACAGAGGGUCAAGUCAUUGGACCUUAUCACUUCGCCGUUUAUGAAUCCUAAUCCUACUGUCAAUAUAUCUGUUGAAUCAAAUGCAUCAAAAUCACAAUUGUUAUCAGUAGACAAUAAUCAACUUGAUAAUCCACUUGUAGCGUAUAAUCGCAAAUUGGAUUUCUGUAGACGUAAUUCAAGAUAUCUUGCAAUAAAAGGGAUUUGUGAAGAGAUGCAACAAACUAAAAUAAAACCAGAUUUACAGACAUAUAACAUAUUGUUAUCGUCUUAUGAACCACUUGGUGAUGUACCUUCAUCUUUGAAAUUGUUGGAUGAUAUGGCUCUGGCUGGUAUAACUCCUGAUUUGACGACUUAUCAUAUUUUAUUGAGGACAUGCGCAAGUGCUCCUCGCAUCUCCCAAGACGCUCAUUUUCGGGAACUUAUUUUUGAUUUGAUUCACAAUGCAAAUUUAAAAUUAAAUACUAUUACUCAUGAAUGUUAUCUAGAAGCUUUGGUAGCUAAUGGAGAACUUGAACGUAGUAUUGAAUAUAUAGAAAAUCUAAGGAAGAAAAAUAUUCAACCAACUGUUAAAAUGUAUGAUAAUUUAAUUCAAUCAGCAAUCUCAUUAGAUAUAUCUGAAGAAGCAUUCAAACUACUUAAGAUGGCGGAAGAAGAUCAGUUGCCACUUUACGUAAAUUUGUAUUUUGAAGUAUUGAGAGGCUGUUCAGAUGAUUAUAAUAUAGAGGGUGUACAUUAUUGUUGGAAUAAGAUUAUAGAGAAAAAUUUUACAAACCUUGAUGAAGGCGCUUGUAUUGAUGCUUUAAAUGUUGCUGCCAGAUUUGGUAAACCACAACUUGCAGCACAGAUAAUCGUUUAUUUAACUGAACAUCGUAAAGUAUCUUUAGAAUCUCAUCACCUCGAGCCACUUUUAGAAGCCUUUAUUGGUGAUAAUGAUCUCAAACAAGCUAUGGAUAUGCUUUCAAUAAUGCGUUCAACUGGACUUGAGGUCAAUAUCAAAACUGCAUCUCCCAUUAUUGAUGUCAUUCACACUGAUCCCGAGAUGAUUGACAAAGCAUAUUUUGCUUUAGAAUCACUUCGUAAAGAGGGAAAACCAAUCGAUAUAGUAGCCUUUAAUGCUAUUAUCAUUGCUUGUCGAGAUAUUCGCCCGAAGUCCAGAGUAGGAGGAGUUGUCAAUUCUGAUGAUCCUGGAACGAACAAGAGGUUUACAUCUAAUGCUGAUCUUCAUCGUGCUGUAGAAACUUAUAAAGCAGCUGAAAGUUUAGGGGUCAAACCGGAUGUUCAUACUUUCAAUGCAUUGUUAAAUGUUUGUGUUGCUGCACAACAUCGAGAAUUAGGUGAACAAUUCUGGAAAGAAAUGAAAGAAAAGAACAUAAGGCCAACAAUCGAAUCAUAUCGUCGUAUGAUAUUCUUAGCAUGUUCACAGAUUAGCGAUGAUUAUGAAGAUGCUUUCAUUUACCUUGAAGAAAUGAAAUCACAAAAUAUGUUACCUCCUCCUUCUGUUUAUGAACGCAUCGUUAAAAAGUGUGUUCAGCAUGAUGACGCUAGAGCUAAAAUAGCAUUAGAAGAAAUGAAUAAUUUUGGAUACAAACCUUCUCCCGCCCUUCGGGAUUUGUUGAGGUAUGAACAAGGGUCUCGUAAUCUAGACAAUCAAUCUUUUGAUAGACAACGUAGACGGAGUCCCGGGUAUUAUGAGGAAGCUAAAGGAACUGGGCAAGAAAGCCCAUUAAAAGCAAUUGAUACCAAGAUUGAAUUGAAUGAUCUGGAUCAAUUUUUCAGCGCCAUCACGAAAUCAAAAAUUACAAGGAAAUAA